AUGUCAACAUUGCCUGUGGAAGCAAUAAAGGCUUUAGCAGAGUUUUCUGGAAACAGUAGCAACUUCUUUUUAGCACGAGCAAGACAGAAAUUUGCAAAUGGAGAUGUCCAAGAGGACAUAGCUGGCCCAUUUUUUUUGGAUUUACUUUUGCGACUUCAAGUGGUAUUUCUACAGGACUCUGCUCUUCUGAAAAAGAGAUUCCCAGGUUAUUAUCUUUGGACAUGUGUUAUCUUCAUGUCAGAGAAAUACAAAAGCUUCAAGCAGCAAGUUCUCUCCACAGUACAGCAAGAAGAAGAGGUAUUCAUGAGCAAUAAAAGGAUGGAUAUGGUUAUGCCAAAGAUGGUAGAUAGUGUCAGAGCUGGUUUCGGAACAGUUCACGCCACCAUGAAUUCGAUGCAGUCCAUGAUAUAUGCCCACCUCUCUUCACACGCCACCUCCAUUAAUAGAUUAAACAACAAUUUUACCAUUUUUUUUGCUCUCGGAUACAAUCAAUUCAGUAACUCUACAAUUGCAACACUAUUAAACCUAUCUUUACAGCAUAACAUCAUUACAUCACAACCUCUACAGCUACCACCCCAAAGUACUCCAUUACAUAGUGCUGUAACAUCUCAACAGCCAACACACACAGAACAGCUGGAACAAGCAGAGUUAGAGAAUAUAUCCCCUGAAGAAGCCGCUCAAAGAAUGGAGAAUGACUGA